UGUGCGAAGGCGUUCUGCUGUCAGCCGGCGCCCCUGCAAGUCCGAAGGGGGUUUUGGAUGUUAGUGAGGCAGCUGGGGCGAAGAGCUGGGAAGGGCACCGACGGGAUCUCGAGGUAGGAGUCGGAAAGGUCCGAGCAAAAGUCGGACUGGUGACGGGGAUCAUGCAGCCGCCAGGCUACGAUUCGGACAGCGAAGACGAGCUCCCUCCAGCAUGGGAGGAACGGGUCAGCCUCGAUGGCAGGGUCUUCUAUGUCAAUCACACGGAGAAGGUGACCCAGUGGAGGCACCCCCGGACAGGAAAGAAGAAAAACGUACCUCAGGAGCUUCCCUUUGGAUGGGAAAAGGUUGUUGAUCGUGAGGGCAAGGUGGUGUACGUGGACCACGAGAGCCGCACGACGAGCCUCACCGACCCGCGGCUGGCGUUCGCCGUGGAGGAGCAGGAGGGCGGCGAGGAGGGCAUCCGGCAGCGGUUCGACGGCUCCAGCUCGGCGCUGCAGGUGCUGCACGGCCGGGACCUCAGUGGACGCGUGGCGCUGAUCACCGGCGCCAACUCAGGCAUAGGCUACGAGACGGCCCGGUCGCUGGCCUACCACGGCUGCCGCGUGAUUUUCGCCUGCCGCGACCUGGAGAAGGCGCGCGCCGCCGUCGACACCAUCAGAUCGGAGCGCGCCAACAGCGUGUGUGACGUCAUUCACCUGGACCUGGCCAGCCUGGCGAGCGUGCGCGAGUGUGCCGCCGAGUUCCACAGGCGCCACAGACAUCUGCACAUGCUGAUCCUGAACGCGGCGGUGUUCGCACCGCCGCACACGCUGACUGAAGACGGGCUCGAGUCGCAGUUCGGUGUGAACCACCUGGGCCACUUCUACCUGACCCUGCUGCUGGAGCCGGCGCUGGCGCGCACCCGCGGCGCCCGCGUGGUGGUGGUCUCCUCCGAGUCGCACAGGCUGUCUCGUCUGUCUGCGGAGGAUUUCACGUUGGAGAACCUGUCCCGGCCCGCCAGCAAGUACGUCGGCAUCGUCGCCUACAACGACUCCAAGCUGUGUAACAACCUCUUCGCCAGCGAACUCAACAGACGAUGGUGCUCCAAAGGCAUCACGAGCAGCUCAUUACACCCGGGCAACAUGGUCAGCAGCUCGCUGGGUCGCCACUGGUGGGUGUGGCGAGCUCUCUUCACAGUUGUGCGACCCUUCACCAAGUCCCUGCAGCAGGCGGCCAGUACCAGCGUGUACGCCGCCACGGCGCCGGAGCUGGAGGGCUUCGGUGGCCUCUACAUCAACAACUGUUGCGCCUGUCCGCAAUCCGACGCGUCCGACGACCGGGAGCGGGCCGACCGCCUGUGGCGGCUCAGUGAGCAGCUGAUCACGGACCGGCUCGGCCCAGACGCCCUGCAGCCGCCGCUCAGCUGAGGGUGGCGGCUCAGUGGGCAGCUGAUCACGGACCGGCUCGGCCUAGACGCCCUGCAGCCGCCGCUCAGCUGAGGGUGGCGGCUCAGUGGGCAGCUGAUCACGGACCGGCUCGGCCCAGACGCCCUGCAGCCGCCGCUCAGCUGAGGGCGGCGGCUAGCUGCGGCGGCUCAGUGAGCAGGUGAUCACGGACCGGCUUGGCCCACACGCCCUGCAACCGCCGCCGCUCAGCUGAGGGCGGCCGCCGGCUGCAGCGGCGAGGACAGCCCAAGUGCCUGAGGACGAGACAAGCAGCCGCGCACCUGGGUCGUCCGGGCAGCUGGGGGCGGCUGGCAACCAUGCUAUCCUAGAGAGAGAAGGAUGGCGUCCGACGUACUGUGUCGACUUUGCGGACCGGCGCGUGGAGGCAGCUGGGGCUGGUGCCGCAAUGGGAUCAGCCGGCGCCGUCCUUCACCAGCUUCGUCCGAUGGCGUGCCAGGGAGAGACUCACGGCGCGCACCGGCAGCAUCUGAUGCGUCGGCGGCGUUCCCCGCGGUACGCGGUGGUUCGCCCACAGACAGCGGAUGAUUUGGAGUGCUGGGCGCCAUCGGGCGAUACUAAAUCGGCGGCGGCGGCGCAGGAGCUCCGGCGGUGCCCGUCACGUGACUGUACGCAUGUGUGCCAACGGUGUACUGAUGCACCGUCACGUGACGGAAGAGCGCAGCCCUGUGCCGUCUCCCGCCAGAGAGACGGCUGAGUCUUGGAGGGGAGGAGGAGAGAGUUCUCAUUCCACAGUUCCGCUUGUUCGCUCUUGCUGUGCUUGCGGAACAGUCCCACAGGACGCGAUGCUCUGAAGGAGGGGACCAGCAGCGCGCGGGCCGCUCUAGCGGCGGCCGUCACUGGCUCGAGAUCCGGACGUGCGCCGCGAGUCCACUGACAGGCGAGUGCACGAACCGCGGGCUGUCCGGACACCGCUCUGCGGCGCUCCUCCGGUUUGUGGUGCAUACCAUCGUGCAAUGCGCGGUCGUGCUGUAGCGCCGGCGCACGGGAGUUGAUCAGCGCAGAAGGCGCGUGCGUCUGCGUUGUCGGCAAUCUAGGACGUGUGCCCGGCGGUGAAUGAGACCACACUGCUCGUGUACCGGUACUAGGCGGCUGGUUCGGUUGACUGAGUGAUGGCGGACCGAUGCAGUAUGCUUGUAAUCUCGCGAUACUGAAUAUUUAUGUUGUAGGUGCGGUCACUUUGCAUUGAAUAUUUAUUGCAUGAAUGAGCAAAGGUGUUGAACUUGUGCGCUUACCCUGAUUUAUUGUGCAGAUAAAUGGGCAUGAUCGUAUACUCCAUACUUUUGUGUGCGGAUAAUGUAUGUUCUUGAGGCAUGUGUACGCCUGCUAUGAGUUCACUCCCAAUGACCGGCUCUCGUGACUCACAAAUCGUUCAUGAUGAAAUAUACAUGUACACAUGCUA